GGAGAGGAAGAAGAAGAAGGUGGAGAGAGAGAGAGAGAGGAUGGGCAUACUGAAGAGCUGCUUCUUGUUCAUGAUGGGAACGGCUUAUGGCGUAUACGUUGCGCAGAAUUACAACGUUCCUGAUAUUAGGAAGCUCACAAACACUGGUGUCGUCAUCGCCAAGCACAUCGAGGAGAAUUAUCGCAAACCCAAGAAGGACGAUGUUAUUUGAUCGAGUUUUCCUAUUUUCUUUCUAAAAUUAACCCGUAUUGAUCUCGAUUUUAUUGUUAUGAUAGCUAAUUUAGGGAUUAUUAUUGGUUUGAUUUGGAGAUUGAACAAUAUGGAUCGUGGUCACUGAUCCGACCUUUAUAUACAGCGAGAAAACUUGGAAAUUUUUGGUUUUUUUAUGUUAUUUUUUUUUUACUGUGAUAAUCCUGCGGAUCAUGGAAUUAAUUGACUUCCUUAUCAUUCUGUUCAGCGCUGAAUCUGUCUAUGUACGCUUGUGAAUUUUUCCUCGUCGA